AUGGGUGCCGCUGCGGGCGGUAUCGGUCUCCUGCGUAGCUUGGGUCGAGGACAGGUCUCGUCGCCGUCGGCCUCUCACGACUCGCUCAACUCGCCAGACGCGCAGCGAAACGUCAGCGGCAACACGCUCGAGAAGCACAUCGGCAUGGGCUCCCCGGCAAGCAGGGAGCGCGAAGGGUCGCUCGGCACGUCGCACCCGUCCUCCACAAGGUUGGGUCUGCGAAUGUCGCAUGCCAACUCGUCCGGGGGGCGUACACAACCAAGCAGCAGCGAUGCGCGGCAGUCUUCCAUGGAGGACGACGACCUCUUUUUCAACCCACCGUUUGACAGGAACCGAUUCUCGUCCUCGACCCACGAGACCGAGUAUAUGACAGCCGACACAAAGGGCUCUGGCUCUGGCUCGCUCGGCUCGAACAGUAGCGGUAGUCGCUCAUGGAGCUCGGGUAGUAAAGGCUCCAAAGGGUCAUUCCCGCGGAGUACGAGGAGCAACCGAGUCAGCACGAUCCCGGAGGAGAGCACGCCGAUGCCGACGCCGCGCAUUGGAGGACCGAUAGCAACCGGUGCCGGCGUGAAUGUCAACAUUGGCGACGCGUUUGGCAUGCACCCGAACGAGAGCCAGGAAACCCAUGCUUCAGCGGCCUCGAGCUACUACGAGUCAGCCGAGUCCGGUGACCUGGCCGAGUUCGGUAUGAACCGGCGGCGGCGUGGACCGCGCUACGCAUCAAACACGAGUGUCGACACUUUCGGCGGCCCAUACGAGAAUGCUGCCUACGACGAGGAUGAUGCUACCGUGGGUCGUGUGCCGUCCCUCGGUCGUGGCAGUCCCGCUCGAAUGGGCCGAGGUCAGAGUCCCGCCGGUCCUGUCCGAAGGUGGCCGCUGGGCGCCGCCCCACCAGCCGCACGAAGUACCGCUGCCCGCAGCUCGAUGCCAGCGUAUAUUGCCGCUGCCGCGAAUGCGGCUGCCGCCAACAAGCGCGCCUCGCUCGACAGCGCUCGCACAUCGUACGAGCGGCCGUCGAUGGAUCGCCCAUCGAUGGACCGUCCGUCCAUUGAGGUCCGACAGCCGACGUUAGAGUCCGAGAUGCAGCUCGAGGACAGGCCAGGUGCUAGGGGUUUGAUCCAACCUCUCGGCGGCGUCAAGCGUCGCGCAGCGCCACCGGCUAUCACAACAGGCGGCGCGGUGGGUGGCGACAUGAUGCUGAGCCCGUUCGGGCCGACGACAGCAACGCCGACAGGAAGCACCUUCAGCCACGCCACGCACACGGACUGGACCAUGUCGUCGGGUAAUGUCUCCACCGGACCGUCGGCAACGCGAAGCCUGGGUGAUCUUGGAAGUAUCGGCAGCGCCGACCGGCCGCAGGUGAGGCUGUACAACGACUUCGGGGCUAUCGACAAGGCCUCUCGAAGUGCCCCAUCGCUGAGACCGAGUGACUCCAGCGCGAGUGAGCAUGGGAGCCACGGCUCUCUGCCCCGCGGGAGCAGGCCGAGGAACCGUAGCCGUCUAGCCCUCGAGACAACACAGGAGUCGGGAGAGAGCUCGGAGAAGGAGCAGUCGAGCUCGGGCGAGGACGGUGGAGGAGGGGGGCGCGGCCGAACACUCUCUGGUGCAUUCGCGUGGCUCACUCGCCGCGGUCAGUAG